AUGACGACCAGAGUAGGCAUCCUGACCCAUUCUGAUGAAGAGAAGGGGCUAAACCGGUCGGACACGACCGUGACAAUGCCGCCGGAGCUCUUCGAGAAGCUGUACCUUACUCCCAAAGUUCCUCAGGUGGGCGACUAUAACAAGCGAUUCGCCAAUCCGACACCUCUUGGCAUUGUCGGAUUCGUGAUUUCGACCUUUACUUUCUCCAUGACUUUGAUGGGCUGGGGAGGAGCUCAGGGAGCAACGCCUGUGGUGGGCAUAUUCUUUUUCGUCGGACCCAUUCUGCUGUUAGUCUCCAUGGUCUUCGAAUGGAUCAUGGGGAACUUCUUUCCCAUGAUGGCCAUGGGUCUCUACGCCGUCUUUUGGUUAUCGUUCGGUAUGCUACAGCUACCCACGUUACAACUAGGAGAGCCCUACGCCACAGCUGGUGACCCUAGCGGUCAAAUGUCGCCAGAGUACAACUCCGUGCUCGGGAUAUAUCUUAUCGUAUGGGGCUUUGCUCUGUUUACCUUCUUCCUUUUCACGCUCAAGGUCAACCUGGUAUUUGCUAUCAUCUUCGCCUGUGCCACUUCAGCAGUUUGGACCCUAUCUAGCUCGUAUUUCAAGCUUGCGGCAGGUAACUACGAGGCAGCAGCAAGCUUGCAAAAGGCUGGUGGAGCUCUACUAUUCGUCGUGGGAACACUAGGUUGGUAUAUGUGCGUCGUGAUCAUGGCUGGAGAGAUGCGUAUUACUUUGAACCUCCCUCUUGGCGAUCUUACUCGGUUCUGGCCGCGCACGGAUGUAGACCUGGCAGAGGCAGCUGCGCAUCGCGACUAA